AUUUUCGCAGCUAUAAAAUCAUAGAUGAGAAAAAUCGAAGUUUUCUCGAGCUUAUAAAUUCGACAAAAGUGGUGCAUUUUGCUGCGGUAGUGCCACACGAAUGACUGUAAUAAUUAGCGAAGAAUAAUUACCUUUUGUAAUUGUGCCCAACGUUGUUAAAAUCAGUGCUAUACUUGUAGAGCAAGUAAAACAGCAAAACAACGAGUUUAGGUUGUAAUGGAUUGAGUUUGUUUUGAGAGGGUGUUUGUUGGUUUUCCCUCCAGCGUUUGAAGGCCAGAGUGGGCCAAAAAUUAUUCUUGUGAAAAUCAUCAAUUAGAGUGGAUAAUGUACCAAAGCGCCUGCAGUGCCGCUGCCGGUGGUUGUUCUGAACCGGAACGAACUGAUCGGGAUGGGUUGAUAUCUCAUGAGUCAGCGGUGGCUCCAGUGGAACAUGAUUACAGUGGAUUUGAUAUAGUGAAGGCGACACAGUUCGGUGCCAUAGGUCGAGUGAAAGAGUUAAUCGAAGCCGGAUGGGAUGUUAAUCAACCGGAUAGUGAAACUGUCACGCUUCUGCAUUGGGCUGCUAUUAACAAUAGAAAAGACAUUAUCAAGUAUUUCUUGGAUAAGGGUGCGAUUGUAGAUGCAGUCGGGGGUGAACUGAAUGCGACACCUUUGCAUUGGGCCACCAGACAGGGUCAUCUGGGGGCGGUCGUUCUUCUACUAGCGGCUGGGGCAGAUCCAAGUCUAAGAGAUGCGGAAGGUUGCUCUUGUAUUCAUUUGGCGGCUCAGUUUGGCCACACUGCACUAGUGGCUUAUUUCAUUGCUCGGGGGGUGAAUCCGGAUCUGCAAGAUCGCGGAGGGAUGACAGCGCUCAUGUGGGCAGCUUGGAAAAUUUCCGCCUUAGAUCCGGUGCGGCUCUUGCUCACACUUGGUGCAAAUCCAAGUCUCGCGGAUCAUACCCAUGGAAACACAGCUCUGCAUUGGGCUAUUCUAGCCCGCAAUGCCACCGCAGUCAGUACGCUUAUAUUGAAAGGAAAAUCGAGCCUAGAAAUUCCUAAUCUUCGUGGUGAUACUCCGCUCACCAUGCUGCAACCUCAUCUAGGUUCUAUCUGGAUCGGCUCGAAAGUGUCGGAAAAAGUGCGAGAGCUGACGCAGCAAUCUCAGCGCCGUAAUUUCAUUGUUCGCUUCACACUAGAUAAGCGCUUCCGCUGGUGGAGCAUGAUAGCGACUCCGUUCCUAGUAUUCUAUCUGGCUGGUUUGAUCUUCUGUGCGGAGACAUUGAUUAUUAUCAAAGUAUUCCUGCUUGGAUGCCUGUAUGCUGUUUCGCACACGAUUGGCCAAACGCUGUUCGAUGAAACAUUGAUGGCGCUUCUUCCGCUCAGCGUUUACAUGGCUACCAAGCUUUGGUUCUAUGUUACCUGGUUGACCUACAUCGCACCGACCGUGUCCUUUCUGGCUUCGUUAUCGUUCCUAACCUGCAGCGCCGGGCUGUGGGUGUGCUUCUUAAAGUCCUGGCGGGGCGAUCCGGGCGUGAUUCAACCGACGCAGGAGCAGAGAUUCAGGACAAUUAUUGAACUUUCGGAACGUGGUGGUGGAGGCUUCGAACCGUCCGCUUUUUGUUCCGCCUGCCUGGUUCGCCGUCCUGUCAGGUCAAAACACUGCUCGGUCUGCGACCGAUGUGUGGCCCGUUUCGAUCAUCAUUGCCCUUGGGUAGGAAACUGUAUUGGCGCUAAAAACCACAAAUAUUUCAUGGGAUUCCUCUGGAUGCUGCUAAUUAUGUGCUCAUGGAUGCUGUAUGGUGGAGCAAACUUCUAUGUUCAAGCUUGUAAUGUAAACAUGGACGAAGUUUUGUCAGGUUUAUGGAAUGCAAUGGUAGCUAUUGGGUCUUGUAACCCGUGGGUUGGUUGGGUGACAGCCAAUGCACUGCUACAUAUAUCUUGGGUGACAGUGCUUACUAUCUGCCAAACCUAUCAAGUUGUUUGCCUGGGUAUGACAACGAAUGAACGGAUGAAUAGAGGUCGAUAUCGACAUUUCCAAGCAAAAGGAGGAAAAAGUCCAUUCACGCGGGGUCCGAUUCGAAAUCUAUUUGACUUUCUGGAGUGCAGUUGUUUCGGAAUGGUUCAACCAUUGCAAACUGACUGGAUGCAGUAUUUCGACUUCGAUAAGCACGUAGAACAUGAACCACUACUGCGACCGGAUAACUUUCAGUACGUCUGAGUGCAGCGGCAACAUCAGAGGCAGCAGGAGAAAACAAUGUCACAGUCGGAGAAAGAUGGACGAGAGAACGAGCCGGAAAUCGUUGGAAUUGGGGCGAAUAUUAGAACAGGAAAUGAGACAGCAGGUAAUCAAGGGGUUGCUUCGGAACGGUCUGAAGAGCAAGAUAAUUUAACGGUAAUUGUUACUGGCGAGAUAGAAGUCGUUGUUUGAAAACGGACGAGAACAUUAAGCAUCAUAUUAAUAGCUCUUUCCGUUAGUUAAUGUCAUGUGGUAAUGAUAAAAAUAAUUAUGCGAAAAAGUUAUUCGGUCUGUAAAGUUGUUAAUAGAUAGUAGUAAAGCUUUGGCUAACAAACUGGCCUGAGGGUAUCCGAUAAAUGUGCUUAACAAGGACUGCGUAGAAAGCUAUUGUGCAAAAAUAUAUUCAAAGACACAAAUUUAUAUUUGGUAAAUAUAAAUUACAAAGGUGUUAAGGAGUGUUAAAAAUAGAAAACCAACAAACCCCUAUUAGAUAGCAUGUAAACAUUACCAUUAACUAGCUUUUACAUUGAAAUAUUCAAUUAUAUCCAAUCUUUUUUCUUCGCUGGCUAUCAUUGAUCUUCGUAAAGUGUUUGAAUCAGACAGCGUUAGCAGAUUUUCCAAUUCUACGCUCAGUUCACUGAAAGUAAUAUUUUAUGUGUGAUAAGCAGCGGUUGUCAAUUAGCCCACAGAAUGUCACUAUAUGUAUUGCAUUCACCAAAUACAGUAAAGCUAAACUGGCAGUAAAAUUAAACUUUGAAUUCAAUUUUUAUUACAAUAAUUGGGCGUCAAUUUGGACAACCUGUGUUACAGCAGUUGUAGGUAGUGCUUUUUAUAAUUGACUAUUUUUGACAUAGAUACAUUAAAAAUAAAGAUUGUUUUGUUUUACGAAAUGGAACAUUCCAAUUGAUUACCGUCCGCAAAACUUUGAGUGGAUUUUGUAAUCAUCGAUCAUCAAUGUCGCUAUAUUUUGGUUUGAUGUGAAAUCAUUUGUAGGACAACUAGAAAGAUCGAUAAAUCCACGCAGCUGUUUCCAAAUAUUAUAGAGCUAGAAGUCAUCUAAAUACACUUUAUUCCAAGCAAAAUAUGCUGGUAAGCUGCAGCUAUGUACAACAGUGUGAGCGCGAAACUACGAAUGCACUCCCAAAAAUCAAAUCUCUUCCUUGUACUAGCGCGAAAAAUUGUUCUAACGGUGUAGCAAAUAUAAUCCGGUAAAAUUGCAUGCUGUAAAGAACGCAAUCUUCUAGAUUCAUGUUAAAUGUUAGCGAUCUAACAGUAGAGCAUCUACUGCUGUUUAGAUGUAGUGUUAAGAAUUUGGAUCUACAUAUUGGUUUCUAAAAUCAGCGAAUCCGGCAUAGAACAAACAACGCCGUUCGACAAUCAAUAGUACUGGUAUUCAGUUCAACUCUAUUCACUCUUUGGUUUGAUUGUUUGCAACGUAGAAAUUACUUUUACCCCGUUCUGAUACCGAUCUGCAUUUAAUUGUGUGGCAAUAUAGUGCAAAUUACUAAACAGCAAAAGCGUAGCGCAUAUGGAUAUGUCCAACGUAAUUUACAGUCUAGUCAUACGUAAGUUUUACGGCAGGCAGUGCUAAAUAAACGAAUUGGCGUGGUAGGGUGUAGGGAGUAAUUAUCAGAAUCAGUCAGACACAGAAAUGAGACCCACCAUUUCGCUAAGAAAAUACCAGCCCAAGAUCAAAAUACAUUUUGAGUCAUACUAUGUAAAUGAGUCACAAUUCAAGAAAGCGCAAUAAAACAUCAGAAACUGUCAUUAAUUUGAAUUGAAACGCUGAAAAAGUGCAUGCAACAUGUAAAAUCAUUAUCUUUAUCGCUAGAUGUAAUAUAUCUAUAUAUCGAACAAAUCCGUAAAUAAAUAAAAAAAAACUUGUAAAACUAUCUACUAUAUCAAAGACAAAUUUAAAAUGCAAGAUUUUACUUCUAUCCGCACAUUGAUUGCACACACGAGUAU